AUGCAAAGAAACUCGAAUCGACGCAUUUUCUGUUUUUCACCCCACACAACGCUCUCCGUGAUUUAUCUCUGUGUCGAAGCUAUUCGCAAGCCCAUUGUUGCGGCAAACCUGUCCGUGAUUUUGAAGCACGGAAUCGAUUUAUAAGCGCACGCCUAGAAAAACAAACCGUUUCGUGAAUGAAGAUGGGCCGUGGGCGCGAGCCGAAAUCGGUUAACGCAUCAUCUGAUAGAUCCGAGAGUAGCGGCGAGGAAGAGUUUGUGGUAGAGAAAAUCGUGGACCGCCGUGAAAGAAAGGGGAAGGUGGAAUAUCUGCUUAAAUGGAAGGGCUACGGAUCAGACUCUAAUAGCUGGGAGCCGAGCGAGAACCUCGACUGCCCGGAGCUGAUCAAAGCGUUCGAGGUGGCGCGGGAGGCAGCGAAAAAAGAAUCCGGCAAGGAGAAAGACCCGAAAAGGCGCGAAAAUCGCACAUCGACCGGCACCACCUCGAACAGGAAGAAGAAGGACGGCGACUCGGAAGGAGAGAACAUUGAUGCUGCCACGGACGAUGAGGAGCACGAGCGGGAUGACAAUGGCUCAGCCAGAUCGCCAAAAUCCAAAACAACCGACACGGAAGAAAUUGUGAAGGGAUUUGAUAAAGGCUUCGUUGCGGAGAGAAUUCUGGGCGCAACUGAGGUUAAUAAUACGCUGCUGUUCUUAGUGCAGUGGAAGGAUCACGACAAAGCGCAGUUAGUUAUGUCGAAGGACGCCCGGAUGCACUGUCCGCAGCUCGUGAUUGAUUUCUAUGAAGAGCGUUUGAUCUGGACGCCGUCCACAGGCGACAAAGGGGAUUCUGACCAGUGAAUUCACAUUUUCUCCUGUUGCUGAACUCGUUUGUAGUAAAAACGGUGCUUAUCAAGCAGCAGGAACAUUUUAUUGUCAAACUUAUGUUUUAAGAACUGUAAUAAAGAAGAAAGCCUAUGUCGAG